AUGCCCAUUCCGCGAGGCGCGCCCCUCGGCGCCCGGAGUGGAGCUUGCCGGUGGGACAAACCCAUUGGGGACAAGGUCCGCAAGACCAUCAACUACGCCAUCCUGCAGGGCCCCCUAAACGGCAAGGCUGUGGCCGUUGUCGCAAACAAAGGCGCCUGCUCCACACGUUCCCCCGCCAUCUCCAGCAGCGCCGGCGGCUCCCAGCUGUUUGUAUACCAUGCUGAUGCAAUUGACACCAUCCGCAAGACCACUCUGACCAACUGGUUUGUCAGCUACGCCCGCCGCAAUGCAAAGACACCGCUGGACCCCACCACCUUCUACAACGGCGUCAAGGCGCUGCAGGCGCAGCACCUCGGCGCCACCCUGCGCCUUCUGUCGCCCGUGAACACCCUCAACGUCUUCGGCGUAUCCCUCACAACCUCGAACUGA